GCGGAUUUAGGAUCAUUAGAAUAAAGCCCAUACCAGUAGGAUCAACGCAUCUACUAGUCGAGUGGAGGAGUCCCCGAGGACAGGAGCAGCAGCAGCACAGGAAGCGAUCCUCCGAAGGUCCUCCUAUGUUUCUACAACAGGGAGGGGGUGGGAAGGGAACCAGGCCACAGUCGACACACCAGCAGAACCACAACCACCACUCGCACCACCAUCAUAUCCAGCAGCAACAACAGCAGCAGCAGCAGCAGCAGCAACAACAACAGCAGGUUCAACAACAACAGCAGCAGCAGCAACAACAACAGGCACACGCUCUGUUUGUACCGAACCACGGCGGUCUUCACCACCAGCAGCAGCAACAGUUGCUGCAACAACAACAGGCGGCGCAGCAGCAGCAGCAGCAACAACAGCAGCAGCAUCAGGUGCAAGGAUGCAAUGUCAGAGUGACGCCCAUGCCCACGACCUCGCACACGACCACGCCCUUGGAUCCCUAUGCCGCUCGUCUGUCAACGGCGUCGAGCGCAACACAACCGUCGCAAACCCAGGCGCACCAACAGCCGCUCAUCUUCUAUAACGCCCAGCCUCCGUACGCCGGCAGCAACUCGCUGGGGGGACAUCCCCACGGCGGAGGCCAUCAUGGCGGAGCCAAUGGCGUGGCGCCCGGCGCUAAUCUAACCCGGGCGCUGAGCAACCAAACGCUUCCGCCCCACUUCCCGCAGUCAGCUGGCCUGAUAGCGUCCGCCGGCGGCAAUGCGGCUAAUCCGGGCGCCCCCUACUUCUCCACAACCUACAUUCCCUACACCCCGCCGGGUCAGCUCAUGGGCAUGCAGUCGGCUAUGGCCUUUCCCGCCAACGGAGCGGCCGGAGCUCCGCCCACAGCCUUCUAUACCGCUCCGCAGCAAAAACAACUGCCGCCGAAUGGCCAGCAACCCGGACCCGGUGGAGCAGCUGGAGCUGGACAAACGCCGUCGAUUUCGUACUACCAUAUCGCCCCGAAUAAUGCCGGCAACAAUGUGGCCAGUGGCGGCAACUCACACAGAGGCAGCAUGCGCGGCAACCAAAGGGCUGCGGCCACCGCCCAGCAUCCGAACUACUUUGCCGCCUUCGCCGUUGCGCAGGCGAAUGCCCCGCGUCCCGCUCCGGCGACAGUGGCUCCCAUGAUGAACUCCCGCAACGGGACGCUCAACGGUGCGGCCGCCUUUCACCUGCCGACCAGUUUCCUGCCGGGCAUAACCAUUGGACCUCCAGCGGCAAUGGCAGCGGGACCAAUGCUGGCUCCAGCUGGGAUCCAAGCUCCGCCCCCGCAAGCGCCGGCUGGAUUGCACACCUAUGCCGCGCACAUGCAGAGCACCAGCGCCCCCGCGCUGCCCAGUGUGUCAAGUGUGGCCGGAGUGCCGGCGGUGACCAGUGGAUUCUCGACCACCUCGUUGCCCACGCAGCCGGUGGGUGCUGCCCAACCACUGGUGCCCAGCAGCAGCGACAAGAUUGGCCUGCGACGCUAUGCCAUUCCCAUUAUCCAUCCGGAUACCAACGAGGACGUGAUGGAUCCCAAGAGCUCGGUGUUCAUCAAGAAGGACUCAAACUCGACACUAACACCGAGCACGGCUCUGGAGUCGGAUGGCACUCUGUGUCUUUUCCAGGCACCCAUCCUCAUGGACUCCGCCUCGGCUUCGUCGCUUUUGUCCGGCGUCUUGGCGGAUCCGCAGAUGCAGACUGGUCAGUCGACCGCUUCGCAGUCCGUCUCCUCGGAGAAGGUGUCUGGCAUGGUGUUCGGCGAGGAAGGCGCCGAUCCGGAAGCUGACCUGUCGCCUCCAGCCGGCACCACGGACAAGGAUCAGAUCAGCAUUAUCGUCAAGGACAUACUGGCCCACUCGGGCAACACCGAUGAGCACCUAAGCUUCUGGCAGUAUAGCGACGUGGACAAUGCCACGGAGACCCACGAUAGCCUGCCACUGGUACACUCGGAGUUAAAUCAGCACGAAGCCGUCGAAGAGGGCCAGCAGCCCGUUUUAUUUCAAGAGCAGUCGGCCAAGAAGCAGCGCCCCAAAUCGGCCAACAAGCAAAGCACCGCCACGCCUACAUCCAUAGCAAAUGACGUGGCCGAGGCAGCGGCCAGCGGAUGCCCGGGCAUCUCCAUCUUGUCCAGAAGCCAGCCGAUGCUGACACCAUCGGGUCCCUCGACACCGCCGCCAGCCUCACGUGUCGCCACCCAGCCGAGGCCAACCAAGUCGAUAGCUACCACAGUUGCUCCGACGCAGGCGAAGCCACCAACAGCAGCGGGUUCGCCCACCAGGAAGUCGAGUGUUGCGCCCGCUACUUCGAUCACCACCAGUUCGGGUGCCUCAUCCUCGGCCGCUUCCACGCCGACUCACAGCUCACAGCAAGGAAAGCAGAUCCCCGGAAGACUCACGACUGCAGCAUCACCAGCUGCACCACGCAUCUCGGCCGCUGUCUCCCUGCUCGCCGGCAAUACUUCUGCUGCCAAUAACGCCAACAGCGCGACCAAGAAGCAACGCAAGGCCCAGAAAAGGGCCAAGGAGCUGGAGAAAAAGAAACAGAAGUCCUCGAUAACGAGCACCACAAGCAACAGCCAGGGGCAGAUUCAGAAUAACAAUGGCAAGGGCAAUGGCAACGGCAACGCUGCGCCGGAAAUUAAUUCAAACAACAACAAUGCUGCCACUGUGUCGACAACAACAACAACGGCCACACUAACAACAACGGCAACAAACACUUUAGCGGCAACAACCAAACAAGGAAUGACUGCUGUCGAUGAGAAGGCGACGGCGCAACCGACGACUGAUAAGCUUAGUGCAACUAGUAAUAAUCCUAACGUAAGUUCUACUCUAAGAGACAACAACCCAAUGCCCAACCCCAAGGAGCACUUGACGAGCAACAACAACAACACAGACGAGGAUGAUGUGGAGGCAGAAAGCGAUCCUGACUCGGACAGCAAAGAGGACAGUAUGUUGAAUAUUCCGGAAGGCAAGUCAGAUCACUUGGCCAACGAUGAGAUUGUGGCGAAGUUUCUGCAGAAGGGCAGCCCCAACACAUCUGCCGCACUCUCGGAGACCCAAACGCUGCAGUUCCUCAACAGCAGCAGUUCGGUUUGCGAAGAAGAUGAACCAAUUUCCACGCGGGCUGAAGGCGGCGUGAUCAAGACAGAAGACAACCCUGCUGGUGAACUCAAGUUCGGGGAUUUCCACGAGGAGGCGCGCCUCGAGACCGGUUUCAUAUGCAGCUCCACCUGGUCAAGUUCAACGCUGAGCAAGGCAGCCGAGGAUGAUUCUUCGCUGAGCAGCCGGAGUGCUGAUAAUGUGGACUGUGCACCCAAGGUAACGGCUUCGAUUUCUGGAGAGAAGAGCGCCGGCAGCAAGAAGAGCUCUCCACUGCACCAGGCGUCCGGCAAAGGUCUGGGUUCACCCAAAGUUAGCCAGCAGAAACUAUUGAAGUCGAAGAGCCCCAGCUCGAGUCCUGGGCCCAGUUCCCAAGUGCCCAAGAACUAUCGCUACAGCAUUGAGACCCUGCGCGAGCUGUCCAAGCGAAGUGAUUCGCGCAAGCCUCCGAUGGUGCCGUGCCAAAAGGGCGACUGCAUAUCGCAGCUGUUCGUCUCCCGGCAGCAGCAGCCCCAGCAACACCAUAGUCACGGACACGGACCGCACAUCCAGCAGUACCAGCACAUGAGCUUCAACGAGUCCAUGGACUAUGUGCCCGGCAAGCGUGGACGCGGACACGGACCGAACAAGAAGCACCACGACGGCCACCAGCAGAUGGGCGGCCCUGGUGGCAUGGGCAACAUGGGAGGAGGCGGACCCAACACGAACCAGCGCCACAUGGACAUCAUUCGGGUGCAGCUGUCGCUGAAGGAGGAGAUCAAGCUGUCUGAGUGCGAGAACGCCUGGCAGCCGGGAACGCUGCGUCGUGUGUCCAUGGCUGGCGGCCAGGAUGAGGACAAUGAUGUCGACAGCGUGCUGAAGAAGGUGCGCGGUAUCCUCAACAAGCUUACGCCCGACAACUUCGAGGUGCUGCUCAAGGAGAUGUCCAGCAUCAAGAUGGACAAUGAAGCCAAAAUGACAAAUGUCAUGCUGCUGAUCUUUGAGAAGACUAUUAGUGAGCCGAACUUUGCGCCCACCUAUGCCCGCUUUUGCAAGGUGCUUUUUCACGAGAUCAAGGCUGAGAACAAGUCGCUCUUCACCAGCUCACUUAUCACUCGCAUUCAGCACGAAUUCGAGUCGAAUGUGAACGAUGCCAACGCCAAGGCCAAGAAGCUGCAGCCGACGGUGGAUCGCAUUAAUCAGUGUACGGAUCCGGCAAGAAAAACAGAGUUGCGCGCCGAAAUGGAGGACCUGGAGUACCAGUUCCGGCGACGUGCCUGGGGCACUGUUCGCUUCAUUGGCGAGCUCUUCAAGCUGCAGUCGCUGACAAGCGACCGGGUGCUCAACUGCGUGGAGUCGCUGCUCGAGCACGGAUGCGAGGAGAAGCUGGAGUACAUGUGCAAGCUGCUGACCACUGUGGGCCACCUGCUGGAGGCCAGUCAACCAGAGCAGUAUCAGCUGAGGGAUCGCAUUGAGAAGAUCUUCCGCCGCAUUCAGGACAUUAUAAACCGCUCGCGCGGGACGGGCCACCGUCAGCAGGUGCAGAUCAAGAUCAGCAGUCGAGUGCGGUUCAUGAUGCAGGAUGUGCUCGAUCUGCGAAUGCGCAACUGGGAUCAGCCGACCAGCCAUCAGAGUGGACAGCAAGGUGGUCGCGGUCAGCGGCACAAGCAGCACGACGAGCCCAAGGAGCAGAUGCAUCACAGCGCUGGCGGAGGGGGAGGUGGAGGCCGGGGAGGCGGGAUAAGCCAACACCAGCAGCCGAUGCACCACCAGCAGCAGAAGCAUCACCAUCAGCACGGCCACGAGGGCGGUAACUACUUCAUGCAGAAGAUGCCCAACAAGCAGCAUCACGAGAACCAGACCCUCAGCAUCGAUCCCAGCAAGCUGCGCUUCAGCAGCAGCACCACCACUGACGACUCGUCUGCCAAGUUGGGCAACUCAUCGCACUACCAAUAUUGGCGGAAUCGUCCGGCCAACGCGACACCCGUCACCACAACCAGUGUGCCGCCGCCAACAUCGUUGCUCAAGCGUCCCGGACAAAACUACAGAUUUUCACCGUACCAGCAGCAACCGCAACAGUUGGGCACUCCAAUCCCGUCUGCCGGCGGUAAUAGGGGCCAGGUGGAAAACUCUACAGACGCCGCUUUCGAUAGCAAGCAGUGCCAGGUGCUCAUAAACAAGCUGAUCGAGGAGGCACUCGAUCAUUCGCACACGGGCGACUGGCAGUCGGAAGUUCUGCAGAUUUGGCGCUCGCACAGCCCGACACAGCAGUCGAAGGCACUUCACUUCCUGCUGAUAGACUACCUGCAUCGCUCGUCCGUGAAACGCCAGCAACGUCAGGCGUGCGCCAACGUAUUUGCCUAUCUGAUGGACAAGGAUGCCGUGGAUACGGAGACCUUUGAGCAGGCGUACUCUCGGUUCGGCGAGGAUCUACCCGAUUUGCUGGUGGACGUGCCCAACGCGUUGGGCUAUGUGUUUGAGUUCCUGGGCCCCAUUAUACACGCGGGUCAUCUGGAUCUGAAGGAUGUGUGGCAGCGCCGUUGGCUGGAGAGUCCAAUUUGCACCGAGCGCUUUGUGUACGCCUUUGUCAACUAUUUUGUGCAGGAGUUUGGAGCCGCCUAUGCCCGCAAGCUUUGGCACAACGACUACAAACUGGAUCGGGGACAACUGUUCUGGAGCGAUGUGAACAAGUAUCGCGAGUUUGUGCAGUCGCACAGUUUUUACUUUCUGGACAACAGAACCGGUCAGAAUCAGGGGCACGCCAAAGCGAAGGCGCCAUCAACGCCACGAUCGCCGGGGGAGCAUGUGGAGCGGAUAAGACACCUGCUGGCACUGUCCUGCGACAUGGCCAUUGACUACAUAAACACCAACGUGGCCAUCAAUGACAACUUUGUGAGGGAGCUCACUAGAUUCCUGUGCUGUGAUUUCGCGCUGACUGUGAUGACAAAAACCCACAACAACAACAAGAGCGGCGGCAACGCAAAGCCACUGCAGCUGAACACGGAGAGCUUCCGCAGCCGCUGUACACCAUUGCUGCGACUCUGCAUCGACGCCCAGGAGGCGCUGGAGAUCGCCUGCAUUGACGAGGCUGUGGAAUCGCUGCAGCAGCACUUCAUGGCCGAGUUCGAGGACGAGAUGGCCGCCGGCGAGACCAUCUGUAGCACGUUCAGCGUUCUGUACGAGAGCGAGGUGAUCCCGAAGGAGUCGUUUGACAAGUGGUAUAAGCUGGAGGUCGCGCACUCGUCGGCCUCCCGACGCCCGUUUAUCGAAAAGCUGCGCGGCUUUAUCGAGGAGAUGUAGAUGAAAACGAAGACAGUACCAACUAGCAACAAUCCGAUUGUAAUCAAACAAAAACACCACAACGAAGAAACCCAAACAACCAACCAAUCAGCAACUGGAGCAUUACAGCAACAUCGUUUGAAACCCAUACUCAGACUAGGCGCGGUCGUAGGUGUCCAGUCAAGAACAUAAAUCGAACGAUCAGUCGAAAAUUCUGCUUGUGAAUCUGACCACCCACAGUGGGUGGCAAUCGCCCCCUAACACACUUAUUUGUUUUACGCUGAAUCUGAUCUGUGAAAACAAAAAAAUCCACACAAUUAUAUGUUUAACCACGAAUAGAUCUGUCGAAACAAAAAUUCUUUGUUUUUGAACACAGAUUUCCUUUGCGAACCAAACCCUUUCAGACACAACCAUUUCAUUUGUAUCACAACGCGUUCCUUAAAAGAAAGAGAAUUCCCUUUCAAUGACUCGGUCAUAAAUCACAAACACAAAGAUAAACAUAUUUACACAUUAAUCGUAUCAAAUGAAUAAAAACCAAACAAAAAAAUCGAAAAACUAUGUAUAACAGAA